AUGAAUCACGCCUCGAUUCGUUACGAUUCUAGUUCGAGAAAUUUGAGUGUUGCAUUCACCUGUUUUCCUGAUGAAAACACCACAAUCAUGCAAGAGCUUUAUCAUAUAGUUGAUCUACGCAAGUAUUUGCCAGAGUGGAUUACUUUCGGCUUCUCUGCCGCAACAGGAACAAUAGUCGAGACGCACACUCUUCACUCUUGGAGCUUCAAUUCUAAUAUACAAAUUGAUCCAAAUUGGGAGCCAGUGCCAGCAUUUGCCAACCAAAAUCAAAAAAUAAUAAACAAGAGGUGGGUACUAGUGGGAUCUAUAGGAGGUGUUUGUGUUUUAAUCGGUGGGUUAGGCUUCCUUUGGUUUUGCUUGAAGAAGAAGAAAAAGAAUAGGGUUGAAAAUAAAUACAAGGCUUUGUAUGAGCUUCUUGAAGCCGAAACAGGACCUAAGAAGUUUUCAUACCAAGAAUUGGCCACUGCAACAAGAUACUUUGUGGAGGAAGAGAAGCUCGGACAGGGCAGAUUUGGUGGAGUUUAUAGAGGUUUCUUGAAAGAAUUGAAUUCAUAUGUUGCUGUCAAAAGGGUGUCAAAGGAGUCUAAACAGGGUAUUAAAGAGUAUGCUUCGGAAGUGAAGAUCAUUAACCGAUUGAGGCAUAGAAAUUUGGUGCAACUUCUCGGUUCGUGCCACGAAGAAAGAGAACUCUUACUUGUGUAUGAGUUUAUGCCCAAUGGCAGCUUGGAUUCUCAUCUGUUCAAAGACAACACCUUCUUGACAUGGCUGUAUCCAUUUCUCCUUUGUCAUUAA